AUGAGCUUUCUCUUCAAUUUGUUUAAAUCUGGAAAUCGAUCUGUGACUAACUCUAAUCAGGCAGUCGCAUUAGAAAAUACGCACUACGUGAAAUGGACUAAAGAACAAUUGAUCAAGAGAGUUUUGGAAUUAGAGAGCAUUCAAAAUGAAGGGUUAUCCAUACCGCAUAAGAAACGUAAAGUCGACAUAUCAACAGUUACAAAGAAGAAAAAGAAGGAAUUUGAUUUUAGUAAGCAUAACUCAAGGUUCAUUGCGCUAAAAUUUGCCUAUUUAGGUUGGAACUAUAACGGCCUCGCAAUGCAAAAGGAAGCUACACCUUUGCCUACAGUUGAAGGUAAAAUCAUUGAGGCCAUGUACACAUCGAAGCUUGUCCCUUCUAUGGUACCACAAGAAUAUUCAUUCAGUCGAUGUGGCAGAACGGAUAAGGGAGUAAGUGCCAUGAGUCAAGUUAUUUCAUUGAAAGUAAGGUCUAACUUGACAGAUGAAGAACAAAAAAGGCCAGAAAAUGAUCCUAGAGAAAUUCGGUAUGUUCAUAUCUUAAAUCAACUUUUGCCUGAUGAUAUAAGAGUCUCUGCUGUUUGUUUAAGACCGCCAGAAGGUUUUGAUGCGAGGUUCAGUUGCGAUUCGCGUCAUUACAAAUACCUCUUUGAAGCAGAUGGUUUAGACAUUUCCAAAAUGAAAGAAGCCUCGUCAAAAUAUGAAGGAGAUCAUGAUUUCAGGAAUUUUUGUAAGUUGGAUGGGUCUAAACAAAUUACUAAUCACCGCAGAACUAUCAUAAGUGCCAAAAUAUUGCAUGUUGAAGGAAACAUUUACUGCUUCGAUCUUGUUGGUAGAGCGUUCUUAUGGCAUCAAGUUCGUUGUAUGAUGGCUAAUCUAUUAUUAGUCGGUCAAGGUUUAGAAGAAGUGUCAUUAAUUGAAGACAUGUUAGAUAUUGAAAAGACUCCACAAAAGCCAAUCUAUGAUAUGGCCGAUGAUCUUCCAUUGCUGUUAUAUGACUGUAAAUUCCCUGAAAUGGAAUGGAUUGAAAGUAACUUGAAUAACUAUGAUGCCGUUAAGUAUGGUAAAGCAGUGAAUGCGCUUGCUCUCCAUUAUCAGUUGAAGGCUACAAUUGUUAAUAUCUUUAAAAAUACUUUACCUACUGCAGAAACAGAUUUUAAAACGAAAACAAGAAUUAAUCUCGGUGAUGGAAAAGGGAAAGUAGUCACUAAGUAUGAAAAGAUGAAGGAUAGAGAAGUUAUGCAUUCGGUUGAAACAAUAAACAGCAAGUAUCUUAAGAGAAAGAAGGCAAAAGCAAAGAUUAAGAAAGAGGAACUUGUAUAA